CCUGCGUCAAAUCAAACCCUCCAAUCAAACCCUCCAAAAAAAGAUUCAAGCUUUUGACGAAAUCUAAGCCGCAAAAUCUGAAAAAAUAUUCAUCAGAAUUUAGCGAAGCGGAAAAACAACUAUGGAUUUCAAGAGCAUGGAUACAAAAGCACUCCACAGCUUGUUGAUUGAUAGCAUUCAUGAACUCGAAAAACAAAAAUUUGUCGAUCACCAUUUUCGGGAAUGCCAUUCGUUGAAAGAGGACAACGGUUUGUCGUUUUUCUUGGACCUGAUUCUCAUUUUUCUCAGUGAUGUUGAAUCAGCAGUGAAUGAGAUGGAAAAGGCAAUGAAUCAAGAAGUGGUGGACUUCAAUCAAAUCUAUUCAUAUUAUAUCAAGCUUAAAGGAAGCUCAGCAUGCAUUGGUGCUUGUCGAAUUACAUCUACGUGCUCCAAUUUACGUUACGCUAUUGACAACAAAUCCAAAGAAGGAUGUGUGCAGACAAUAAGUCUUAUGAAAGAUGAAUACAAUGGUCUGAAUGACCAGUUGAGCAAUAUCAUCAAGAUUGAGCAAGAACUUGUUUCCAGAGCUACGGGACAGGAGCAACGAGAUGUGAUUAUCCGUGGAGUGGAUGGAUGCAGAAACAUAUAGGCAAAAUUUUCCCUUCUGACUUUCUAAAUUUUUUUCUCUUUUUAGCCUCUUAAGUGGAGUAGUAUAUAUAAUCUUGAAAUCAUUACAGCAAAUGAAACAACUUAUUGAUCCAUUUUGAUUGUAACAACAAAUAACUCAUUGGAAUCUACUUCUAUAGAUUGAACGCAUUUUCUGGUAUUAUAGUGAAGAAGAUGGCU